AUGAGCAGUGUACGGCACAAAUGCAAUGCUUUUGAGCACAAGGCCAAAUGGUCAGCAUUUGAAUCAAAGCUACGGCAUAUAGAAAGUGAACUGAACAGACAUCAUGAUAUGGUUGGUGAAAUCAAAUCUGCAGUUGACCAGAUAGCAGAAAAGUCGCAAGAAUACUAUCCACCACAAAAAAGACCUAAAGAUGUGUAUAAUGAAAUACUCAAACCUCGAGAAUUUAAGCCAGUUGCGGAUGAACCACCCAAGAUGCGCAUACAAUUUAAUGAAUCAUCAUGCCCUAUACAAAAGCAAACUGUUCCCAAGACAGAUAUACAGAUGUUAUCAAUGUACGACAGGAUCAUGUUUGAAGACAUCGACGGUGGAGUGUGGAAGCAAGGCUGGAAUAUCGAAUAUAAAGAGGACCAAUGGAACCAAAAGAAUAAACUAAAAGUAUUCAUAGUCCCACAUUCUCACAACGAUCCAGGUUGGCUUAAGACAUUCGAGAAUUAUUACAAUACGCAAACCCGUGCAAUAUUCACCAAUAUGGUGGAGAAGAUGAAUGAAGGUAUCGGUAGGAAGUUCGUGUGGGCUGAGAUAAGCUACCUAGCACUGUGGUGGAAUAAUGACGCUAGUGAUAAGGAAAAGGCAUUAUUUUUGGACUUACUAAAAAACAAGAAAUUAGAAAUAGUAACAGGUGGGUGGGUUAUGAACGACGAGGCCAAUUCCCAUUGGAUUUCUACAGCGCAACAGCUCACAACAGGUCAUCAAUGGUGUAUAGAUAAUUUAGGAAUUGUGCCGAAGAACUCCUGGUCGAUUGACCCCUUCGGCUACUCCAGCAGUCAGCCUUACCUAUUGAAGCUGGCUGGUUUUGAUAACUCCGUCAUUCAGCGAGUGCAUUAUAGAGUGAAAAAAGAAUUAGCUUCUAAUAGGCAGUUGGAGUUUAAGUGGCGUCAAUUGUGGGAUGGUGUUGGCAAAACAGAUAUGUUUACACACAUGUUUCCUUUCUACUCUUAUGACGUGCCACAUUCUUGCGGACCUGAUCCUAAAAUAUGCUGUCAAUUUGAUUUUAAAAGACUCCCCGGCAACGGGAUGUCUUGCCCUUGGGGUGUUGCACCUCAGAGAAUUACUCCAAAGAAUGUUCAUGAAAAAGCCUCCUUAAUACUCGACCAGUGGCGUAAGAAGGCUCAAUUGUACCGAAGCAACGUUAUCCUAUUUCCUUUAGGUGACGACUUCAGGUACGACCGCUCCAACGAGUGGGACAACCAGUUCCAGAACUAUGACCUACUCAUUGACUAUAUUAAUAACAAUGAAGCGUGGAAUGCUGAGAUACAAUUUGGCACUCUCGAAGAUUAUUUCAAAGCAGUUCAUGCAGAGGUGAAAAUGUCCGACUUUCCUGUACUCUCUGGUGACUUCUUCACAUAUGCUGAUAGGCAACAGCAUUAUUGGAGUGGCUAUUUCACUUCCAGGCCGUUUUACAAGAACAUGGAUAGGGUUUUACUAGCAUACCUCAGAGCUGCAGAAACAAUAAGUUCGCAGGCGAUUGCGUCACGCUCUGUGUCGCAUAUUAUGUCGCUACAGCUGCGCGACCGAGUGGAACAGGCCAGGCGAUCGUUGUCGCUGUUCCAGCAUCACGACGGAAUAACUGGCACAGCACGCGAUAAUGUUGUCAUAGAUUAUGCUAAAAAAAUGCAGACGGCAAUAAAGUACUGUCAGUCCGCCAUACAGCAAUCGGCUUAUUACCUGCUCAAACAACCUGCGAUCUUGGACCAGACUAUGGACGAUGUCUACUUCGACGUGGAUGACAUCUGGCGGCGACACGACGAGAUCCCAUCCAGGAUUACAAUAACCCUCGAUGUUGUGUCACCUUCGAGAAAAAUUAUCUUGUAUAACGCUUUGCCGUUUACGAGACAUGAAGUUUUGACCGUCUUCGUCUCCUCGCCGCAUGUUGAGGUAUUUGACCCAGCAGGCAACCCUAUGAUGGCCCAGAUAGCCCCGGUGGUGGCGGGUGAAAAGAGGCUCGCGUUCGCGGCCAAUAAGUACCAGCUGUCGUUCCCAGUGACUGUUAGCUCACUAGCGCUCACGACGUACACGGUCGCGCUUAGAGACAGCAUGAGUAUUAAUAAGUACACGUCCUAUUCCCACAUACGAGUGUACAACGCAGACUACUGGACAGUGGACCUGCCGAAGAUGUUCCCGGUGGAACAACCAUCAGAGCGACUGUCCGAGGACAUCACUGUUCAAGUAACGAACGGCACCAAGAUAGUCGCCACUAUGAACGGGCUCAUUAAGGCUAUCGUGUCACUGGACGGAUCCGUCGUACCCGUACAUAUGGACUUUGUUCAGUAUGACAGUCAUCGCGGGAAGGACAACAACAGUGGCGCCUACCUAUUCAUCCCAGCGGGACCCGCCACGCCCUUCAAACCAGAACCCUACCCUGAAAUAGUCGUCACUGAGGGGAUAUAUAAAUCUACUAUUUAUACUGCACUCACCUCGCCUAAAGCAGCUGAACUCGUCUUAGCGAUCAGCGUCCAUAACAACCCGUCUCUCCAACAAAGCGAGGUGGAGAUCAGUAACACAUUACUCAUAGAUCCACAAGUUGACAACUUGGAGCUUGCCAUGCGGUUCUCUACUGAUGUCAAGAAUGGAGACGUGUUCUACACUGAUCUUAAUGGAAUGCACAUGAUAAAACGCCGUUACUUCGACAAGUUGCCGCUCCAAGCGAACUACUACCCGCUACCGGCGGCCGCGUACAUCGAGGACGACCACCUCAGACUUACGCUACUCACCUCUACGCCGCUCGGGGUAGCAGCCCUGCAGCCUGGACAGAUCGAGGUGAUGCAAGAUAGAAGAUUGAGUAGAGAUGACGCGAGAGGUUUGGCUCAAGGGGUAUUGGACAAUGUAAGAACACGACACACGUUCAAACUUAUUAUUGAGAAUGCCAACAAUCCAUGUCCGGCGGGCAGCCCGGCGGAGCACCCGAGCGGGCAGCUGUCGCUGGGCGCGCACGUGGCGCAGCAGCUGCAGCUCCAGCCGCUCGUGGCGCUGCAGUACACGGCGCGGGACGACUCGCCCCGCGCCGGACACGCGCGCGCCUCGCUCAGCGCCGCCGACCUCGUGCUCGCCGCCUACCACUCGCACGUCUCCACUAAGAAUAAAGACGGCACCGUGCUCCACGGUAUGGGGAUGACAUUCCAGCGAGUCUACCUGGAAUCAUGUUACGGUAACAAAGAAAUCAAGAAGUGGUAUCCUCUCUCCGAUGGCCAGUUUCAAAUAUCGGAGCUUGUGGACGCGCCCGCCAACAGCGUGUACGAAAGUACGCUUACAUUCGUCAAUAUCAAGAACCAGCUACCGAACGGUGUUGUCACUCUGUGUCCUCAGGAAGUGAGAUCGGUGUUCAUCAACGACACACUCAAGGCUUACUAG